GAUAUUCUACCUGUUUUGGCAUGGCCUCAUGGGAUAACUAAACGCAAAUCUGGAAUGACCUUAUUUACGUGACCUAGCAAGGAAAACAAGGUCACGAUUAGUGUUGUGUGCUGUGCGUGUGUAAAACAUAGUGAAUAGACAGGAUACUGCAGCUACCAGCUCGAUAAUCGCCAGGAAAGGAUAAGAAUAGGGAUGUUCAAAGCUGCAUUAUUUGCAGGGCUGCUGGCAGUCUCAGCUGGGUUAUCCCUCGUUGUCAUGCCCAACAAGACACACUUUGAAGAAGGGGAUACUAUAUCGUUCAGCUGUAUCCAUUUGGGACUCAGGCAACAUGAGAAAAUCCGCUUCAUCAAGAAACUUUCGUAUGAAAAACCUUGUCGGUCUGGUGGCAGUUGUAUCGUCGCCGAUGGAGAUCGAAUGAACGCACCAUUUGUGAAUGCUGGACGUUAUAAGAUUGUUGGCGACCAGUCUUCAGGAUCGACGUUAACCAUUGACGGUUUGGUUGCCGAAGAUACUGGAACUAUAGGGUGUCGGAUAGAAUCUGCAGAUGAAGAAAAAGUUCAAGCGUUUUUCGUAUAUAGAGACAUCCAGGAUAUCAAGUUAGUCCAGAGGUUAUCAAAUGGCACUAAUCUGAAUCUGAAAAAUGGCGACAAAAUACAACCUGUCGCUGCUGGCGAGGAUUUAGAUAUCUCUUGUAUCACAAAUGGCAGUAAUUCAGACCCUGACUUUGAAGUUUACAUCAGCGAGACAGACGAGCCUGUGAAUCUUGUUACUUCGUCAUUUGAACCUGGGGCUCAGAAUAUCAUGGGAAAAAAGAUGGACGGUGGUUUAAACAUGGUUAAUUACUACAGAAACUUUACGAGCCUUGGGUUGGAGAAGUUCAAAAUGACAUCAACAUACCAUAAGAUGUAUUUGUAUUGCGCAGCAAAAAUUGAAAUAUUAGAUGCAAAAAAGAUAUGGGUAUCUUUAGAUGUACUUUUUCCUCCUGAAAAUCCACAGUGUGAAAAUGGUACAGCCGCAAACUAUGGAGAGUCUAACGUCGAGAUUACUUGCUCUAUACGAACCAACCCUAGUUCUAAUGUAACCUGGGUCUUUCCCUGGGGCGAGUCGGCGUCAGGCAAAAGCUCUAACGACAACUACUCUAUAUCUGCAGAGUACACGGAAAGUACAAAUACUCUCGUCACUAGUGCUAUUAUAUUUAAAGCAGAGGAGGAUGUGUUUGAUAAACCUUUCAAUCUUACCGCUUACAACAUAUACGGGGAGGUGUUCCAACAAGCGUACAUCGUCUUAGGUGGUGCAUCCGGGGCGAUCCAAAUUUACUUCAGCGUUUGUCUGACACUAUCAUGUCUGAUGAUGACCAUUGCUCAAUUUAUGUAGACCAGAGACUCGCAUUUAGACAGUGAUUCCAUAUCAUAAAUAUCAUGUAUAACACCUGUAUGGAGCUCCAUUAACCACUCAUAGAUAUAAUAUGUUGAUCCUCCCACAAUAUGCACACAUGUCGCCGCAAUUAUUGAAUGAUUUGUUAACGGUAGUAUGGAAAUUAGCUUCCAUGUUAUAAAUAUAAUUUCCCAUAAGGCCACAUAAGCCGAUGAACAAGAAAUAUUGUGAUAUGGCUUUGUGACUUAUAAGUUAAAAACAUUGGCUUGGAAGUCACAUUCAAAACUGUGCAUGAAAAGCCACUGUUUUUAAUUUAAAGCUGAUUCCCGAAUGCACGGUAUAUCUCAAUUAGUCUUUACGUUCAGAGUGAACCAUUUCUAUUAAAAAAACGACAAUUGGUUGAACAUGUUUUAACACGCUUUUCAAAGUACAUAUGUAAGGCAUUUGCAUGAUGCUGAGAGGAUGCACAAAUUCUAUGUAAAGUCUGAUGGUAAUUUGAUAAUUCACUUGUUCUGGCCAUACAUCUUUCAUUCUUUAAUGUUUAGAAAUGAGCUUAUAUUGAUUUGUUGGACAUAUUAUUGAACUCGAAGAUUUUACUUGUUUGUAUAAAAUUGAUAAUGAAAGUCUACAUAGACUUGAUCGUCAAAGAAACUUGGUAUUUUGUGACUUUCUUUAGUUCUUUCGAAAUAUACUCCUA